GGGCCGAGUCCGCCUAUAUAAAUUGUAGAUAAAUACUCGUAGUCAAAAGCAUGCUUAAAUUUUCCGCCAAAUCUGAAAACGUCAGAAAGCGAUAAACUAUGUGUUCGUCAGAGUCGCGGCUUCGCGCCACCCAAAGCCCUAGCCAGUGGAGGUUCGUAUGGGAAGCUCAGUCUCAUAUUCCAAUCCUUCGAUUAUAUCUUUUCAACCCGAACUUCAAACCCGCAGCUGCUUGCACCCAUCUCCGAGUCGACGCAAACUUGGAGCUGUUUUUUCUCAGUGUAUGCUUCAUUGAAAAUGAUGCUGAAUCUCAACUCGAGACCUCGCUUAGGGUACCUAUUCCGAGGGUUUUGGUCGAUUCCGAAUCUCCCGUUCAUUCUAGAGUUCUGGACGAUCACAUUGAAGUUAGGCUCGCCCUUCUCCUCCCUGUUGACCAUCCACUCGGUUCCAAUUUUGACUCUGCAAUAGGCUCACUUGAAAAACAAGAACGCAAUGGUGGAAAUUUUGCAUCAGAUGAGGCCAAUGUAUUAUCUACGGGUUUUGAUCUACAACGACUAUCUGCUGCUGAUGAAGUGCACUUUUACUGCCGAAGUUGCUCAACAAAGUUGACUAGGGGUAUCAGUACUUUCAAAGAGAUGCCAUCGGUUCACUGGAGAGAUGUCGCAGACAAUUGGUUUGGCACAUGUUGUUGCUCGUUUGGUGGAAUAAGUGAAAAGCUGGUUUUAAAUUAUGCAAAAUCUUAUUCUAGUGCAUCAGGCUUGUGCCUAUUAAGUGAGACAUCUGUUGUCAUAAGCAAAUAUGACUUUUUGGAAGGUGAAUUUACCAAUAUUAGCAAAGUAAAAAAAAUUGACCCUGACAUAAUAUCAGAUACGUAUUCGAGCAUACCGGUUGGUAAUGAAAAUGAUCAACAUAGAAAUCUCGGUGGUGAUAGUCAUUGUGAGGUGCAUGCAAUUAAAAAGAGCGCCUAUGUAAAUUGUUGCACUAUUGAUUCAUGUGAAAAUCCUUUGGGACAGUAUGAGACUUCUGUGGAUUCGGAGCUCCAAGUGGAUCAGAAUAUAUUUCUUAAUGGUUAUCUUGGAGAUGUUUUCAUGGCAAGGCCCUCCAAUCUUUCAAAAGAUAUUGAGUGGAUAGAGUUUUUUUGUCCUAAAUGUGCAUGUCUUCUUGGUGCAUAUCCUAGACGUAAUGAUCAUGGACCUUUGGAUGAUGGAGUUCGGCUCUAUAAAUUCUACAUUUCAACUUCUUUGUCUGCCAAUGGAGCACAUGAUUUAUUUAGGAGUUAUAGCUUUGAGAGGAUGUUCACUAGGCAGUUGCUGGAAAGUGCAAAUGAUGAACUUUCAUUUAGGACAGUUGUUAGAGAUCUGCAAAAUCAUCAUCAUUCCCUUCAGAUUGUUCUUUUGAACCCAAAUAUAUGGAGCCAUGCUGGAUUUUGUUUGCUUGCCAUAGAACCAGUUCCCAAGAUAAAUGUGUACCCUGUGAUCAAGGUCUUAUUUUCUCCCAACAUCAAUGACGUGCAGCUCGAACCCAGGAAUGUAGAAUGGGUAACUAAAAAGCAAGCUCAAGAGGUUUACCUGUUGCCAUCUCAAAUAAAAGAACUGAUUGCAAAUUUGGAGAAAGCUCAAAGUACGUAUCCACCAUCACAUAAAUUCUCACAGGGGUUCUCUGUGUCAUCCUUGAAGACUUGAAUGGCCAGGCCAAUCAAUGCUUUCCUUGGAAUUGCAUGGUUUAAUGGAGAGGAAACAGCCGAUGAUUCAUCAAUAAUGUUAUUUCUUCAGUGAUGGGUGGGUUUUACAGGACUGUAGUUGUUUAAGGCAGCGGUGGUUGUUCUGGCUCUGGCUGUGUGGAGGUACAGGAGUUGGAAGCAUUUAGACUUCCAGAACCCCCCUCUCGGCUUAAAGGAGGAUGGGCACAUGCUGACAUUAAGGGGCCGUUUGGAAAUGGACCAGCUGUUUGGGCUGAAAAGCCUGUAAAGACUGAAUAUGUUGAAGUGAAAGUGUUUGGUAAUAUGUUGGCUGGAAUAGCUGAUUGACUGAUUGAAUGUAAAAUUACCAUCAAGGGUAUUUGCUUAUUUGUAUUAAAUAUAUGGUGUGCACUUUAGUACUCCGUAGUAAACUACAUAGUAUUUUUGC